AUGUCUGAAAUUGAGAGAGAGAAGAGUGCUUCCCAGGAAGGUGACAGGACGGAGGAGCCGUCUAGUGAUCCGGCAGGCGGGUCUGCCAAGGGGACAGACCCUGCUGGCGAGCACAAAAAUGCGUCGUCGGCCGGAGGUUCUGGCUCGAAUAAUAAUGUUAGUAAUAGUAGUAGUACAGUGGUGGUGAAAACGGAAGGGCAGCAAAAUACUACAACGACUACGGGUAGCUCCCCGCAAAAUCCACAUUUCAUCCAUAAACUAUACAGUAUGCUCGAGGACGACGAUUUGAAGGAUUUGAUAUGGUGGUCCCCUGCUGAAGACUCGUUUUUGAUCAGGCCCACAGAGCGUUUCUCAAAAGCCCUUUCUGCAUAUUUCAAGCAUACCAACAUCGCAUCCUUUGUGAGACAGUUGAACAUGUAUGGAUUUCAAAAGGUCAGUGACCACAAAUCCAACUGGCACGUUACCACAGCUACUACAGGCGGCUCAAAUAGCUCCGAAGACCCUGAAGAUUCAACCAUUAAUCUGUGGGAAUUUAAACAUUCUUCGGGUUAUUUCCGGAAAGGUGACAAGGAGUCCUUGAAAGCCAUCAAGAGAAGAUCUUCCAAGUACCACAUCUCAGGAAAUCGGAAAAAUAGUGGCUCAAGUGUAGCAUCUAAUACAGGGCCAUCAGGUGUCCUGUCUAGCAUAGCAACAUCAGGUGGUUCAAUGAACGUUGGAACAGGAGGGUCCCACGAUUCUGCAAGUUGGGCGGAUUAUCCUCCUCCUUCAAAUAGAUCACAUUCUUAUACAUCUGCAGAAGCAAUGAAUGCAAUUCCGACCCCAGUGUUCAACAAUAUACAGGGCCCACCAACCUCUUAUCCAGUAGGAGUUAAUUACCCAGUUGGUUUGGUACCCCCAGCCGAAUACGUAAAUCAACCUCAUAAUCAGUUCAAAUCACAACCCAUUGACAUGAAAGUGCAUGAACUUAACCAAUCAAUAAAUGGACUAAGGAAUGAGAAUAUAGAUCUCCAACAUAGGUACGAGCUGGCCGUUGAAGAACUAAGAGCCACUAACCUAGAUAUGAUAAAAAUGUUAGACUUACUACAAAAGACAUUAAUGGAAAAAAUGGCUGCAUCGACAAAUCCAACAAGUACAAAUGUAACAACAUCGACAUCUACGUCUUCUACAGGCGAGGAAACCAGUGAACAACCAAAGAAUGUUCCGAGACCUCAUACUCCGCUAGAUAAAAUCGCUAGAAAAGGAUCUAUUUUAUCUCCUCGUACUAAAGUUUCAAAGGACUCUAGUUCAAACGAUCAGCAACAACAUCCUUCUAGCUUAGCUGAGAUUAACAAGUUUAGAGAAGCGAUAUACUCAAGGUUCCAGAAAUUUCACGAAACAGUGCAAAAUUCUAUAUCAGUUAUGGACCUAAAGCAGCAACAAUCUUCCUUCGCAUCCAUGUCUCAUCACAAUAGCGGUUCUGCCCCUACUUCUUCGGUAAAUUUGUUACAGGCCCAAUACAAUUCUUACAACAAUAAUGGUACUGUUCCUCAAGGGCAAAUGAUGACACAACAGCCUUUCCAAACAAGUGCCAGGUCUAGUAUAGCUGAUCAGCAUGUUAAUUUAAUGAUGAAUCCCUUCGAAAGAAGAAAAUCAUCUUCCAGUUCUUCCAAAAAGAGGCAUAUGAGUGUGUUGAUGGAUCCUUUAGCGCCUGCACCGCAGCAGCAACAUCACCACACAUCCGGUCAUAAUAUACAGCAUCAACAGCAACAGCAACAGCAACAAUCGGUGCCACCCCAGCAACAAGCGCAUAAUGGGAGUCAAAGUUCUGCACCACCUAAUGUAAUUUCCUAUAAACCAUACUAUCCGUAUGGAACUGUGCCCGUUUCUAACUAUCGCGCGUCACAACUGUAUUCUACUACCCCCAUUAAUUCUGUUUCCGGACAUAGCUCGGCACCGUCAGAAUAUGGGUUGGCAAUUGAAACUCAGAACAAUUUCAUAACCAAUGGUCCCCAGACUCCUGUGAACAUAAUAAAACCAAUUCCAGCUAAAGCUCCUUAUAUAGAACUUUCAGGCGAUUCAACGCCGAAUGGAUUGGGGUCACAGCAUGCAUCUUCAACACAGUUGCCACAGGUCAUGCCUCAAUAUGCAAAUCAAACUUUCCAGAGUGCACACUCAAUGACGCCAGUUCAAUCCCAACCUCAAGGGCAAAACACAUCUCAGGGUGCGCAGUCAAGUAAUGGCUCACAGUACUCUCCAUCAAAUCAAAAACAAACGCAAUUGCAAACACAAUCCCAUACUAAUAGCACAUCAGGGCUGCAUUCUUUACUGAGUCAUGAUUCCAGAACCUAA